AUGCUCCCCGCCGGGGCUCUGCAGCCCCCGGGCCCACCGGCGGGGCUUGGAGCCUGGGCUCUGAGUCCUGUCCUGGCAGCCAGAAGGCCGUCACAGAGCGAUCUGGAAGCGCUGAGGAGUCUGGGUGCUGCAGCCAGGCGGGCCCUGUGCCUGGACCAGGCCGUGGUCUUCAUUGAGGACGCCAUCCAGUACCGCUCCAUCGGCCACCGCGUGGACGCCAGGUCGCUGUGGCUGUACCGCUGGUACUACUCCAGCACCUGCCAGUGGAUUUUGAGCUUUACCAUCUUCCUGAUCCUGUCUCUGGCGUUCGUGGAGACCCCUUCCUCGUUCAGCAGCACCUCGGACGUCCGCUACCGCUCGGCCCCCUGGAGCCUGCCCUGCGGCCUGACGGAGGGCCUGGAGGGGCUGUGCCUGCUGGUCUUCGUGGCUGACGUCUCCGUGAAGAGCUACCUGGUUGGGUGGGCCCAGUUCCGGCAGAACCCCUGGCUGCUGGCCUACCUGCUGGUGCUGGCCGUGUCCCUGGGGGACUGGACUGUGUCGCUGAAUCUCCUGUGUCAGGAGUGGCGGGGCCUCUUCCCUCCUCCUGGCUCCUCCGGCUGCCUCACCACAUUCACUGCACCCCUGUGGGCUGUGCCCCGCCGCAGCCCCAAGACCCUGUCAGUAAAGGGCCCCUUGAUGAUCCCGGCCUAUUCCAAGAACCGCGCCUACGCCGCCUUCUUCAUCGUCUUCACCCUGAUAGGAAGCUUGUUUUUGAUGAACCUGCUGACGGCCAUCAUCUACAACCAGUUCCGGGGCUACCUGCUGAAAUCCCUGCAGACCUCUCUGAUCCGGAGGCGUCUGGGGACCCGGGCGGCCUUCCAGGUGCUGUCUGCGGCUGCCGAGGGGGCGGCCCCCGCCCAGGGAGUUGGGGUGAAGCCCCAAGAGUUCCUGCAGGUGCUUCAGAAAGUCCGGCUGGACAGCACCCGCAAGCAGUCCAUCAUGGAGAGAAGGAGCGCGUCCUCAGCCCGGGCAGACGGGCGGGGGCAGGGAGCCCACUGGAGCAGGCCGCGGUGGACACAGGGGUCCCGACCGUCCCCACAGCACCCUCUGAGGCCCGAGUACCGGUCCCCGUUCCUGCAGACCGCCCAGUUCCUCUUCAGCCACCUCUACUUUGAAUACCUGGGGAACGUCAUCGCCCUUGGCAACCUGGUGGCCAUUUGUGGCUUUCUGGUGAGGGACGCGGAAGUGCCGCCUGCUGACCGAGACGACUUCGUCCUGGGGGUGCUCAACUGCGGCUUCGUCCUGUAUUACCUGCUGGAGGCGCUGCUCAAGGUGCUCGCCCUGGGCCCGCGGGGCUACCUGUCCUACCCCAGUAACCUGUUUGACGGGCUCCUCACCCUCGUCCUUCUGGUCUUGGAGGUCUCCACGCUGGCUGUGUACGGCUUCCCUCACCCAGGCUGGAAGCCAGAGGCGCGGGGCCUGCUGUCGCUGUGGGACAUGCUGCGGCUGCUGAACAUGCUCGUGGUGUUCCGGUUCCUGCGCGUCAUCCCCAGCAUGAAGCUGAUGGCCGUGGUGGCCAGCACCAUCCUGGACCUGAUCAGGAACAUGCGAGCGUUCGGUGGCGUCCUGGUGGUGGUGUACUACGUCUUUGCUGUCGUCGGCAUCGCCCUGUUCCGAGGCGUGAUCGUGGCUCCUGGAAACAGCAGCCUGGCCCCCAACGGCUCGGCGCCCUGCGGGAGCUACGAGCAGCUGGAGUACUGGUCCAACAACUUCGACGACUUUGCGACUUCAGGCGUCUCCCUGGUGUGCUCCGGGGCCCGGGGGCGUUGGGGGUGUCGGGGCGCCUCGUGCGUGCGCCAAGCAGGACCUCAGUCGGUCACCCGAGUCCCCGGCGAGCGCGGGAGGCUGCCUCCCGUAUCUGAGCGCUGGGCGACCGGAGGAGGGCACCGCGGCCCGCCGGCCCGGCCGUACUCUGCGCUGCUGGUGCUGUCUGGGCCGGGCCCUUCCCUCCCCUCCCCGGGCCCGCCGGGCGCCGUGGUCAGGGCUCCUGCCUUCGUCGGGGCAGUGUCCACACUGGCGGUGGGCUCUGCUGGGCCUCUUGCAGGGAGGCUGCUGUCAGCGGCGCCCGGGCCUCGGCCAGUCGCUCCCGAGGGGCAGAGGGACAGGCUCCGGGGGCGCCCAGAGGCUCUGGUGCUGCCAGUGCCUGGGGGCCGGGUCCCCUCACCCCCUCCAGCUAGGCGGUCUCAGCUCCUGCCCUGA